AUGGCCACCUUGGCUUCGUCAGUCCCGACCUCGCCCUCGUGGCCCAAACGACGGCCCAAAGCCUGGGCUCUCCGCUGCGAGCGCUACUGCUGUGCGGCGGCAAGCUGCUUCCCGCUUGUCUUUGUCUAUGGCAUCACUACGUGGGCAGUUUAUGUGGCCAUUAGCAUUGGUGUCAAGCCUUCAAGAAGUGACUGGAUUGGCAUCCCUAGUACCAUCGUCGCAUUUUUACUUUACUCCCUUUUGAACUUCUCCUACUCCGUUGCGGUUUUCACGGAUCCGGGAUCACCGCUAUCCACCCGCCGCGGCGCCGACCGCCAUGAAUACAGCGCUCUCCCGCCAUCCGAGCAUCCGGAAUUCGUUUCUUACACCGUGAGCUCGACUGGUGAAUCGCGAUACUGCAAGAAAUGCCAGUGCCCAAAGCCUGAUCGCGCUCACCAUUGCUCGACCUGUAAACGAUGCGUUCUCAAAAUGGAUCAUCACUGUCCCUGGCUGGCGACCUGUGUUGGACUGCAUAAUUACAAGGCAUUUUUGCUGUUUUUGAUCUACACUUCUAUCUUCUGCUGGGUUGUGUUUGGUAUUGCAGCAGUUUGGGUCUGGACUGAGAUUCUCAACGACACUCAGUACAUGGAUACUAUCCUCCCUGUGAAUGUGGUCCUUUUGGCUAUUUUGGGUGGUAUAAUUGGUCUAGUCCUGAGUGGUUUCACCGCAUGGCAUAUCAGUUUGGCUGUGCGGGGAACCACGACUAUUGAAUGUCUGGAGCGAACUCGAUAUGUCUCGCCUUUGCGCAAGGCUCUCGACAGACAGCGGAACGAGCAGGCGCCCAGAGAUAACUAUUGGGGCGAGCCAGAGGAUACGAUCACCAGUCGACUGCAAGGAGUGGGCAAUCAAAUUAUCGACGCCCACGCCAAUGCGAUUCCGGGCGUAACUCGCCCCGAGGAAGGCGAGGAGCGACUUUCUCCCUUGCCACGCCCAUCAGAACCACCAGACGGCACGGCUAACCACCUUUCGCCUGCCCAACAAGCUCUGACUCGUUCAUAUGCGGAAAUCGAGCGACAGCGCGAGUAUGAUCGGUACCACGAGUAUCAAAAUGACGACGACAACGAAAAGACACCGAGUGCAUUUGACCACGGAUGGCGAAAAAACUUACUCCACCUUUUUGGACAUCGUCCGCUCCUCUGGGCCAUUCCGAUUUGCAACACCACUGGUGAUGGCUGGCGCUGGGAGCCAAGUCCAAAGUUCCUCGAAGCGCGUGAACAACUACGUUUGCGCCGGGAGCAAGAAUCCUCUGAAGAGCAGCAGUACUACCGGGAGCUGUAUCAGCGUAAUGUGGAUAAUAGCCAUGCAUGGCGAGAAGGUGCUGCUCAGCCGACGCGAAUGCCCAACCGAGCUCGCACGCCUGAGCGGCCACCAACUUCUGUCUCAAUGCAGACACUCGCUCCCAGGUCCCCCAGGCCGAGACCUGGUGAUAGCGAUUAUGGUGAUGAUGUCGAGGGAAAUGGACUAUUGGAUCCUGCUCGUCCACGGGCCUCGCGCCACGACUCUGACGAAUGGAGGGAUUGGGAAUAA